AUGGAAGCUCAGAAUUACAGAUUUAAUCUAAGUUUGCUGGAUGAACAAGGGAACGAGCUGAAGAACAACAAGGAUGUCAAAAACAAAUGUAUCAUCCAUCAUGGGAUAUCUGUGGAGCUCAGAGACCCAAACACCACUCACCAUCAGAGGACAUGGACAUGCCAGGUGACUGAUGGAGGGCAGGUGCAAACCUCUAACUACACCAUCAUAGUGAAAGAAUUCCCUCACUCAACAGGACCCACACCCUCCAUUGGCCCCAUUCUGAUCGCUGGAGUUGGUGCCUCCAUUGGUCUGGUGGCUACAUUACUGAUGGUGAUAAUAAUUGUGGUGAUACGCAAGAGAAAGACAAAUAAUGGAAGAGAAGCACAGAACCAAUCUACUCAAAGCAGGACCAGUAUUAAUCUCGACACUGUACCACAGGCAAACUCCUCAGCUAAAGUGGAAGAAGAAAGUACAGAGCUGCAUUACGCAGCCUUUCAGCCCCUCAGCCUGACCAGAGCAGCGCCUACUGCAAAGCAGUCUGAUGACAGUGUGACCUACGACACCAUCAUGCCGUUAUCUAAUCGUGAGAAAAAGAAGAGCAGUCCAGUGGACCCCUGUGCCAUGGAUGAUGCUCCUGUGUCGGGGAGAGGUCCAGAGAGCGUGGCCCCUCUGAACUGGGACUCUGGACUGGACGGCUGGUGA